AUGGCAGCCCCCGAAGGCGUCGCCCCGCUCGGGGCCUACAGUACAACAUGGCCGCCCACAGGAAGCGCACCGCACGCCCUUCCGUCCGGCCACCGGAAGUUUCCUUUUGAAACCCAGGCGGCAGACCAGGUCGGCGGAGCGGCAGUUGCUGGCGAGCAUCUUCCGAAUCAGAGCUACGAGGGCUGCGAGCAGGAGCGGCAGGCGCCUCGAGUCCAGCCGUCCCGUCUCGUUACGAUGACCAGCGUGAUUAAGACAGUAUACACCCUGCAGCCUCCUUCCGUGCUGAGCGGCGGCCUGCCUGCAGACACACAAACUCGAGCUACUUCUAAGAGCCUGUUACCUAUUAAGUCCAAAGAAGUGGAUGUUUCUAGAUUUCCGCAUUCGGGAGGUUCAGAGAAUGACGUCACAAAAGUCAUCAAACCGAGACGAGAGAAUGGGCAGGUGAAAGCUGCAGACCCUGCCAUCAAGAAGAAUGUCAGAAAGGGCUACAAACCAGUCAGCAAGCAGAAAUCAGAGGAAGAGCUCAAGGAUAAGAACCAGCUCUUAGAGGCCGUGAACAAGCAGUUGCACCAGAAGUUGACUGAAACUCAGGGAGAACUGAAGGACCUGACCCAAAAGGUGGAGCUGCUGGAGAAGUUUCAGGACAGCUGUUUGGCAAUUUUGGAGAGCAAGGGCCUCUCCCCAGUUUCAGGCAGUGAGACCCUGGCAGCAGACCAAGAGCCCACCACGGAUCACGUGAACUCUAUGUUGCUGUUAGAAACUUUGCAAGAUGAACUGAAGCUUUUUAACGAAACGGCCAAAAAGCAGAUGGAGGAGUUACAGGCCUUAAAAGUGAAGUUGAAGAUGAAAGAAGAAGAGAGGGCCAAGUUCCUAGAACAGCAGACCUUAUGUAACAGCCAAGUGAAUGAUUUCACAGCAGCCCUUGAGGAGAUGGAGCAACUGCUGGAAAUGUGAUAAAAAGCGAGUGGCCAGAUGGCUCCCUCUUGGGGGUAAACUCUUAGAUGAAGCCGCUGAGGACAUCUUCUUGGCCAUGAUCUUCUAGGACUCCCCAUCCCCAGAAUGAAAACAGUUUCUCUGGUAAGAUUAAGGACAGUUUAUGCUGGAGUGGCAGUUCCUCCUUUAAGUAAAGUGUUCCCAACCUUCAGAUUGAUCAGCUCUUCUGAACCUCACACGUACGUAAUUGAGGCCUAAAGAGGGGCCCUGGAAGCUUGGCUCAACCUCCUAGGCAACAUAGCGGCACACCAUUACAGUCAAGAGACUAAACCAGCCACAGCCAGAGGAUCCGAAAGUCGCAUUCAGAUGCACAGGAGGGAAACCUUAAUUGUACAGUGGAGCUCAGGUGCUCCCCAGGAAAUGUCACUGAGGAGCCCUGCUCUCUGCUUCUCACUUGGAGCACGUUCUGUCCCUUCCUGGUUGGGCUCUAUACCUCACUGUGGAUUUUGAACUUGAAGUUACUUGAAAUGACUUAGUAAAUGGGGUGAAGGUAUAAAUAGUAACAACACCUACCUGAAACAAUACACCUUGGAGCUUUUAAUCUAAAUCUCUUCUGUUUUUUUUUUUUAUAAAUUGCUACUUUUAAAAUAAAUAUUUCUGUAAAUAAUUGUACUAUAACAUUGAGAAAUGAAAAGAGCCUUUUAACCUAAAUGUGUCCACUGAAUACUCUCGAACUAAUCUAGUUAACAAGUUCAAGAUUCCAGUUUAACCCAGAAUAUUUUUUUCUACUGAUUAAGUGCUCCAUGGCUCGCCCCAUCUUGCAGGAGCAUUAGUUGGUCUUCUGAGGGUGUUCCCUAUUUGUAGCAGUGGGUGCCCGGCUCCAUCCGCCAGGUUUGUGUCACUAGCUGCCUGUGUUCUUCCUGUGUUCCUAAGCAUAGUUAUAUACCUGCUAUUUGCUUUGCACAGCCCAUCCUGGACCUGGCACCAUGGAUCCUUAGUCAACUGAAGGUCAUGACAGGCUUUUCCCCUGUUAGCCAAAGGCACAGCCAUAUUUUAUUUCUUAGUCAAACUGGGCAGGCCUUUGGCCAUCUCCCAUUUCUUCACUCCCGCCCCACCACCACCUUUCAGCAUUGUUGAGGCUGCCCAGAGCCACCCAAUCAAGCUAAGUAACACCCCUACCCUAACUUACAGGGCUAACAUUCUUUACCUUCACACACAAACGUUUACAAGUUGGUUAUGUCUUAAAUAUUUUGAAGAGGAAAUCCAGUUAAUUCUCACCAGUGAGAAGACUGAAUAUUUCCUUCUACAGGAUGCUUAUAGUUUAAAAGUUUGUUUAUUCAAAUAAACUUGUAAUUGCCAU